AUGCAACCAAUCGAUAUGUCAGCAUCAUCUUCGUAUUCAACCUUGGAAAGACCUCGAAAUACUAAUAAAGUCAACAGAAGUCGAGCGAUUCACUCGCGCUCAGCCCAAAGUUCAAUAAAUCUUCGCACCAUUCAUUUGCACCCUUCCAUUCAACAGAAACUAUCCCAGGCAAAUGACGAUGUUAUUCGUAUAGAAAGUGCUCUCCUUUCAAGUGACUAUUCACAUGCACAUAUCUCUCAAUCUAUUAUGACGAGAACAAAUGAUUUAAUAAAUCGAAUCGGCGGUGGAGAUGAACUAUUUCCACCGGAUUGCUUUGUGAAACAAGCAUCGGUUAUAACUAUUCCACACGAUCAUAAUAAUCAGUAUUUAACACUCGAACGCGUUCCAAUAUGCACUCGAUCAAUGAAUCAAUUAACAGCAAUUCAAACGGUGCUACUCAGUCUAACCGUCUUUCUACUUGCUGUUCUAUUGUGCCUAUCAAUAAUAUUUUUUCUCGUUUAA